UUGUGGAGCAGACGACACGAACUGUUACCAGUGCAGUAUUGGCUGAUGAAAUCCUAGAAAGAUUCUGUCCUCUUCCAUUGAAUUUUUCGUCGGAAUUGAAGUAUCCAGAUCUAACACAGACACAAGUAUGAUGUCAACGACGAGUGUUUUUAGGGUUUUUAUCAGGAAAAGCUGCAAGAAAUGCGGAUCUUUACAAGUUCAACCAAGCCGCUACUUUAAAAGAGACACCGGUGACGGGGGAAGAUUAGUUAAAAAAGUUAAACCAGCAAAAGGAAAGAAGAUAGUCGAUGCCAAAUUUGAAAAGGGAAGUUUGGAGAAGUUUGUUGUCCGAUAUGAUUCCAAUGAUGUCAAGCUACCUUACAGAACACUUGUCAAGCCCUUCGGUUUUGCCUGCCUGUUCACUGGUUGUAGUUUUGCUGGGGCAGCCGUCUGGCAGUAUGAAGGCCUGCGGUCAAAGGUCAUCGAAAAACUCACAAGCCAGAUAGGAAGGUACCAACGGCGCCCUCCUAAGGCUGGCGAAUUCAGACAACAGAUCAACCAGUGGUUCCAGCACUUGUCGGGCACAGAGAAGGUGGUGCUAGGCAUCAUAGCCGCCAACGUUGCUGUCUUUGCAUGCUGGAGGAUACCAAGCAUGCAGUUUUUUAUGGUCAAGUGGUUCAGCGCCAGCCCCGCUUCAAGUGCCUUGUGUUUACCCAUGCUGCUGUCUACGUUCAGCCAGUACUCUUUCUGGCAUCUAGCCAUCAACAUGUACGUCCUGUGGAGCUUUGCACCGAGUAUAGGCAUCACUCUUGGCAAGGAACAGUUCUUAGCCAUGUACCUCAGCUCAGGUGUGUGGGCAUCAUUUGCCAGCUACGUGCUGAAAAUAGCAACCUGCAAAUACCACCCAUCAUUGGGAGCAUCUGGUGCUAUCAUGGCUGUGCUUGGAGCAGUAUGCACCCAGUUCCCAGACUCCAGGCUAGCCAUCAUCUUCCUACCAUUCUUCACAUUCUCCGCAGGGGCAGCACUGAAGUUCUUGAUAGGUUUGGAGUCUGCCGGUGUCCUGCUAGGUUGGCAGUUCUUUGACCAUGCGGCUCAUUUAGCAGGCCUUCUAACUGGAUGUUACUAUGUGACACUUGGCCACAAGCACAUCUGGCAGAAGCGGGAACCAGUGAUAAAAGCAUGGCACAAGUUCAGGGGACCAAGCGAAGCGUGAAGGCCAACAUGCAAAAGUCUACCAGCACAAUGCAUUAUCUGUAAAUGCAUGUGCUGCGAGGUCCGUCAAAGAAUUGACAGCGAGAAGUCUAGGCUCUAGACAUUAUCUUACUGGUCUGGCAGUGUUCUUAUCUUAACUGACGGCUAUUCUUUAUUUGGAGUUCAGAUCUCACCUUUUGUAGUAACACCGUGUGCAGUAAAGAAACUGCAAGGACUACGUAACCAACAAAAAAUAGAUAGGCAUUUUAUUAUUUGAAUUGUACUUGUAUGUUUUAUUCACACGACACACUCCACUUUGACUGUUUGCUCUUUUACAAUCAAACUAAAUUGCAAUAAUGCCACAGAAAUGUAGUCUUAAAUCAUUAAUGAAUUGGUACGCCAUAUAGUUUUAAGCCUUUAAUUAAUUUGUUAGGUGUACAUUGUUGGAGCAAACUUGCAUUUA